GCGCCGCUGGAGGCUUUAAAAGCGCCAACGCCGCCGGCCAGGCCAAGAGUUUUAACAUUUCGAUUAACACAACUUGCGCGCGCGCAGCUAACGGAACAGUCAUGGCGAAUCGAUGGACACCUUGUGGCCUGCUCCUGCUGCAGCUGCUGCAGUUGCUGAUGGGCGGCGUUUCGGGCUUUCCGGACGGUGCGCCGGCGGAUACGUGUGUUAAGCAGCGCGCCAAUCAGCCCAAUCAUGGCAAGGCGCGCACCCAGCCGGCGCACACGAAUCCCUUCGAGGUGGUCGCCAGCUCGCAAACCUAUCAUCCCGGCCAGCAAAUUUCGGUGGUCAUCUAUGCCCAGGAACAGCAUGAGGCGACCACAUUUCGCGGCUUCUUUCUGCAGGCACGCGAUGCCAAUUCGAACGAAUGGAUUGGCGAAUGGGAGCAAAGCGAGAAUACCAAGACGAUACCCGAAUGCUCGGCCAUAACGCAUUCGGACAAUCGGGAUAAGUUGGGCGCCAAGCUGAUCUGGAAGGCGCCACAAAACAAGCGGGGCAAUGUCUACUUUACCGGCACUGUGCUAAAAGAUUACGGAAACUUCUGGAGCGAUAUUGUGGGCAAGGUGCAAGCGCAGCCCCAAUAGGCUGCAAGCCAGUACAAUUCCCGAAUUGUGCAUUAAGCAACACUUAAUUUAGUAGACAAAAAAAUAAAACAAAACUAAAAAAAUUGUUGUUUUUCUUUUUUAGUGCAAAAGCUCAUUAAUGACCAAAACGGGCCAAGCCCCUUGCCAAACAACAGUAAAUUAUUGGCUUAACGUUUAUGAAUGACCACUCACUCACACACAUUGACUGCGGCCCACACACGCACACACACACAACACAUACUAACAAUACAGGCACACGUCUCACGGGCUCUCUCUCUCUCUCUCUCACACAUACACACGCACACUGAGAAACACUUUGACACCGCACGAUUAGGCACACGUUUAAAUUUCCAGGCACGUUGCCUGCAUCUUAUUGGAAAUUCGCUUUGCCAAACGGCCGGUUGGAACUAAAUUGGAAAAUUGAAGCACCUCUUAUACGUUCUAAAGCAAUGAGGAUGAUAAAGUAAUUAGAGCAGUGCGCCCUGCUUGGCAUAAAUAAAAUGUCAAAGCCACUUCAAACCUGAGAAAGUUCUUAUUUCCUGCAGCGAUAGCAUUGAAUCAAUAAGAUAAGAACUUAUACAUGCUUGUCAAUAAUAUAUGCGCACAAACAUGUCUACACAUGUUUGGCUACAUACUUACUGU